AUGGACUCUUUAUCUAAGAAACUACAGAAUUUAGGUAUCCAUGAUAUCCGUAACGCUGCCAGAUUCGCUCAAAACGUUAUAGUGCAGUAUGAACCAUACCAGAUCGAUAUUAGAAGAGCCACAAACACAGACUCCUGGGGUCCCACACCGAAACAUCUUUCUAAAGUUUUGAGAAACAGAUAUCAGAUCCCCAUGUAUCUAAUGACCGAAUACAUUCUCAAAAGAUUGAUCGACCAUAUCGCUCAGAGACCAAAGAAUCUUUAUGAGAAGGCAAGGAAAGAAUAUGUUAACUAUGGGUCUGAAUGGCGUGUGGUGUUGAAAUGUCUUGUCGUCUUGGAAUUCCUUCUACUGAAUGUCGACGACGGUGACGAACUGAACCAGAUUAAGAGUUGCUUGAAUGCACACAAACACAUUUUGACAAGAGAAGUUACCAACUUUAAAAUCAAAUUCUCAAAUGAUGGGAAGAUGGAGGUCCAUGAGCGUGGUAUAAAAAAGAAAAACGAAUUGAUCUUACAAUAUUUGGACGAUCCACAUUUUUUGGAAAGAGAAAGGUUGAAGAAUAAGAAGAACUUAUUAAAGAUUAAAAAUAAUAAUGCAGCAGGCGGUUUUAAUAACGACUUGACUGGGGUCGUGGCUGGUCAGCAUAACAGAUAUAAUCAUCCAUCCUAUUCUGGUGACCAUGUAAUGGAUACAGCACAAGGGUUUGAUGUUGAUGAUGAUUUCGAUGACGACUUUAAUGAAUUCACAGUUGGAGCAGUGGCGACAUCUAAUGCCCCUUCUUCUUUUCCCUCUUCCUCCUCUUCUUCAUCAUCAUCAACAUCAUAUGUAAUGCAUAAUAAUAAUAAUAAUAAUAAUAAUAAUAAUAGCACACAUAAUAGACGUAAUCAAGUUAUAAGUUUAGAAGAACAAAGAAGACAGAGAAGAGAAAUCUUAAGAGAAAGAAUCAAAACUUCUGAACAACAAAGAAAGAACCGUGAACAAAUGAAAUUACAACAUCAAAAACAACAAGAACAACAUGUUCCAGAUUUAUUGGAUCUUGAUUUCGAUUCAACAACAACAACAACAACAAGUACAAACACAAACGACAACAACAACAAUAAUAAUAAUAAUAAUAGUUUAGCAGGUACACCUACUUCCAAUAUUACCAAUUUGAAUGUAUUCCGUUCUAGUGACGUUGGAAACCAUACUAAGGAUGAUAAUAGCAACGACGACGAUGACGAUGAUGGCUUUGGUGAUUUCCAAAGUGAACUAAAUACCACGACAAUAAACACUGCUACUACUAUCACUAAAAAUGCAUCAACAACUCUAGAUAAUUUAUUGAAUGGCAGCAGCAUUGGUACCACUAAUAAUAAUAAUAAUAAUAAUAAUAAUAAUAAUAAUAAUAAUAAAACUACUUCUUUGAAUGAUAAGGACUUAUUUGCAGACUUAUUUAAUAAUUCUAAAUCUCUAAUAUAA